GAAGUGGCUGUUUUUUUUCGGGGGGGAAGCCUGCAGUCAUAAGUUUAGGUGUGCGGUAGUUCACGCAGCGCUGUGUCUCAGUUUUAUAUCAGCGUUUUUUUAGUUUUUAGUCUGUUUGUUUUUAUUUUAAUUCAACAGUUUCGGGUUUAUCCGUGUGAACGGUCAGUUAGCUGCUCGGCUGUUUCCGUUAGCGACAGGAAACGAAGUUAACCGUCAAAUAACGGGAGCUACAGUUAGCCGUUUGUCUCAACACGUAGGCCGGGAGACAGCUGUUAAACACACUUUAUAAAUAUUUAAUAUUCCGGUGAUUUAUUUAGUUUAAAUUUCGGUUUACACCCUCGAUAUAUACAUGUAUAUUUUUUAUAACGACGUCUUUUUUUAUUUUAUUUUUUAUUUUGGUGCGGCUAGCCGGGAGCUAAGUUAGUGUCCGGAGGAGCUCGUCGUGGUCAGCUCGACUCAAAGAGUUUAAAAGUUUCAAAGAUGUUUCCAGAUGUUGUGAUGAAGUAGCCGCUGUGCAAACAAGCUGCUAUGGUGUCUGCGAAGCAGCUGCACCUACCGAGUUGAACGACCAAACCGAGUGAGACAAAGCAUGAAGGCCCUCGGAUCCAGGUUCUCCUUCUAUGCGGGCUUCGUGGUGGGGACCUUCACGCUGUACGUGUUUCUGCGGCAAGUGUGGUUUGAGAGGUCUGUGCCAGCGCAGCAGGCCACCAGCCCGGACAGACCGCAUGAGCAAGCCGAGGAGGACCAGGUCUGGAAGAAGGAGAGGUCUGCUCUCUUCAACCUCAACCACCCUCACCACACAGGUGAGGACAGCCGUAUGGCUGAUGAACUGUACAAGAAGGUGCGUAUUCUUUGCUGGGUGAUGACCGGGCCCAACAACCUGGAGAAGAAGGCUCGGCAUGUGAAGUCCACGUGGAGCCGCCACUGCAAUAUCGUGGUCUUCAUGAGCUCUGUGGAGGACCCUGACUUCCCCACGGUGGGCUUGGGUACAAAGGAGGGUCGGGACCAGCUGUACUGGAAAACAAUCCGGGCCUACCAUUAUGCCUAUGAGCAUCACGCCAACGAGGCCGAUUGGUUCCUCAAGGCGGACGACGACACCUACGUGAUCGUAGACAACCUGCGGUGGGUUCUUGCGAACCACACGCCGGACGAGCCGAUUUACUUCGGGCGAAGAUUCAAGCCCUACACGAAGCAAGGCUACAUGAGCGGCGGCGCGGGAUACGUGUUGAGCAGAGAGGCUCUGCGGCGGUUUGUAGAAGGAUUUAAAAGCAAACAGUGCACGCACACUACCUCUGUAGAGGACCUCGCGAUGGGGCAAUGCAUGGAGAAAGUCGGGGUGCUGGCAGGGGACUCCAGAGACACUGCACACAGGGAGACAUUUCACCCGUUUGUGCCGGAGCAGCACCUCACCGCCAAGUUCCCCAAGAGCUUCUGGUAUUGGAGCUACUGCUACUACCCCAUCUCAGAGGGUCCAAACUGCUGCUCGGACGUGUCGGUGUCUUUCCACUAUGUAGAUGCUCCACAUAUGUAUCUAUUGGAGUACUACUCCUAUCACCUGCGUGCCUUUGGCUACAGAUACCGUUACCAGCCGCCCGCUCCGCAAGGCUACAGUAUAGAGCGGUUAACGUCACGGGAUGCCGCAGAAGGAAAAAAAGAGCCGGCUUCUCAGGAGAAAAGACGAGGUGAGGGGGACGAUCUGUCCAGGACUGGCAAAAAAAAGGAUGCAGGUCCUCCCCCUGCAGCUGGUGAAGACCUUCCUGCUGCUCCAGCUGGCAAAUAACUGUAGGACUGUGAAGUUGUGUAUGAUGGGAAUUAAUUGAUCAUUAGGUAGGAGGGGGAUGUGUGAUUUGUUUGUUUAUUUGUUCUGAUAAUCUUGACUAUUUUUUUAUUUCUACAAAAGUAGAAAAGCGGUCCACUUUAAUUUGAGAUGUGCUCACAUACGAGUGAGGAUGUUUCAGAUCAGAUUUAUGACUUUUACCCUUGUUUUUCAGGUUUGUUGAGUGGUUUUUACAACCGUGUGUCUUCUUUUUAAAUGUUGCGUUUAUUUGAAAACUAACUAAAGCACCUUUUUAAUCCAUGUCAACCUUGUGUGGGAAGUGUUUUCCAGAGGCAGGUAAAUUUGAUUUUCUUGAUUAUAUAAGCCCAGUAAAACCACUCUGCAGCGAGGUAGUUAUUAGCCCUUUCUACACGGCCUGUUCAAGGCAGGAUUUCUACCCCCUCCCUGUACGAAGACUGAUUGUAGGCCAUUCCACCUCUGAGCCGACAGCAGAGGUAGAAACAGAGCCCAGUCGACGCGUGGCGUUUAAGGACAUGCAUGUGCGGUAAAGUGAAAGAAAACAAGUGUCAGAAAGUGACCAGCGAAAGGAACAGAGGAAGGUGAAAAGUGAAGUUUUUAGUGUAAAUCUAAAGUAUAGGUCACCGUUUUUAUCAGCGAACAAAAGCUGCAGCUUCUCAAGACCAAAGUAAAGCUCCAGUAUGUUGUUACCCGACACUGGAAAAGAGAUCAGCUUGGCCUCUUCUGCUUUCCUCCAGCAUGCUGGAUAAAAUCUCCCACUGGGGCAACACAGUCUUAUCUGACUUCAUUUCACACAUAGACAGCUAUGUGCCUUGGAGGCCAAUGAGACCCAUUUUUUGUGUCUUGAGCUGAUCAGUUUAGAUUUUUUUUUUUUUGUGCGUGAACGCGACCAAGAUGUUACAUGUUCUACACACGUUCUGUGUAGGAAUAAAACUUUUUUAUUUAGUCGUAUACUGCGGUAGCUCUUAGAUAAUUUUAUUUAAAUAAGAGCUGCAACUACUUAUCUUCUUUACUGAUUAAUCCACUGAUUAUUUCUCGAUUAAUUGAUUAAAAUUAAAUGGGUGAAGUCUUCAAAUAGCUCAGUGAGGAGUCCAAAAACACAAGAAUGAGACGCUGGACCGAUAUAAUGUUUGGCAUUUCGGUUAAAGAUCAUACAACACACUGACCGGCCACUUCAUUAGGUGCACUUGAACAAUCCGGAUAUAAAUCCAACUUUUAUGAAGCUUCUAUGUUUAACUAUCAUGUUUACUAUUGAGGUUGUGGUUUCCAGUAUUGAGUUUGAGAGGUGUUUUUAAUAUUAUGCCCAUAUCAUUUACAUACACGAGAGGGCCAAAAUACCAUAAACACCAUUCAAUAUAAUGCACAACCCUCGCCAAGACUUCAAUAAUAAACACAAAACUUAAGUUAUUACCUCUCUGACAGUCACACAUUGUAAGAUUCAUAAAAGUGGAAUUUAUGGCAGAGUUGUAAUACUUAAGUGGUCAGUCAGUGUAGUUGCCAAUUAAUUUCCUGACUAAUGAGUUCAGCUUUAUAAAUGACGUUGUCAGUCUUUGUUUAGAUACUGUGAAAUGUUCAACAUUCAGAAAUGAUGCUGCAUGUGAUUACAGUCUCAGCAGUGAUCUUGCAGCCUUAAUGUAAGUAUAAGUGCAAAUAUAUCACACCUUUACCUUUCCAGAACUUUAUGUUAACAAAAAAUAAUAUUUUUAGAGGGUGUAGCAUCAUCAGAGGAAGUACGGAUUAGAUUUCGGAGUGAAUCUGAAUCAAGGGGCGGGCAUAGAAAUAAUUUUUCACUUUGUGACACCUGUCUGUGGCAGAGUGAACCGCUUUCAUUGUAAUCGAAGUGAACGAUGUACAAACAUACAGCAGCCUUAAACUUUUAACGUCACUGUACAAACAAGUGCCCAUGGGUGCAGAGUCCUUCAGUGGAAGUUCGUGUUCACUUCACAUCGUCCGUGGCACGUGUCUGUAUAGCUGUACUUCCUGAUACACACCCCUCAUUGUUCCUCCAGUGGACCCAUUAUUAGCUUUGUGCCUUUGUAAGAUAAGAUUGUAUGAGCUGUCGGCUGCACACAUGACUUUGCACUGUGACAUUACCACGAUAGACGAUCGUUUUGUUGAAUCCCUAAGAUGUAAUGAGUUUGGCCUUUGGCUUGUUCAGGACGGUGUUUGAUUUCUCUUAUAUAAUUUUAGCUCCUGUAAUGUUUUGUGAUUUUUUUCCAAUCGUUUGUGGGCCAGACUUUUUUUAAAUUUUUAUUUUUAAGUUAGUACGUUGAAUAUAUUUAAAUGUAUUCACUGCAGUUCUGUUAUUAAAUUGUAACCAAACAGAAUAAAUUUUAAUGGGAGAGAG